AGUACCUACAUUUAAUUUUUCAGAAUAAUCAUGAAGGUAGUACUAGUGCUGUGUGUACUGGCGCUGGCAGCGGCGCGUCCUGAUGAGGGUUACAGCACUCGAUAUGACGACUUCGAUGUACAAGAGCUGGUCGACAACGUGCGUCUACUGAAGAGCUACGGGAACUGCUUCUUAGACAAGGGGCCUUGCACUGUUGAGGGGAGCGACUUCAAGAAACUCAUCCCUGACGCCCUAAAGACGAGCUGCGCAAAAUGCUCGCCGAAGCAACGCAACCUCAUCCGAAUUGUGACCAAGGGCUUUCAGGCCAAGCUGCCUGAGCUGUGGAAGGAGCUGGCCGCCAAGGAAGACCCCAACAACGAGUACCAUGACGCCUUCAACAAAUUCCUCAACGAAUCUGAGAGUUCAUUUAAAAUUGUAUUUUAUCACAGUAUUGUCAAUUUGUCACCUACGUACGUUUUCUCAACGUCAAUUUAUCGGUACCCAAGCAUGAAGCUGUUAGUAGUCCUCUCCGUGCUAGCGGCGGUAGCGUUCGCGCGUCCUGACGGCGACCACUACGACUCCAAAUACGACAACUUUGACGUGCAGACGUUGGUUGAGAACCCUCGGCUGAUGAAGGCGUAUACGAAGUGCCUACUCAGCAAGGGCAGCUGCACCGCCGAAGGAGCCAGUUUUAAGAAGGUCCUCCCGGAGGCGGUAGCGACGACGUGCGCCAAGUGCACCCCCAAGCAGCGCCAGAUCGUCCGCACCGUCAUCAGAGCGGUUCAGAAGCAGCUCCCCGACGAGUGGGAGCAGCUGGUAAAACUCCACGACCCUGAGGGCAAGUACAAGGAGUCCUUCGGCAAGUUCCUGGCCUCAUCAGACUAGAACAGCUGGACAUUUAGAAG